AUGUCGAAGACAUUCACCAAAGAAGACGUGGCUGCCCACAGUAAAGGCGACAGCCUCUACAUUGUGAUCGACGAGGACGUUUACGAUGUCUCCAAGUUCCAAGAUGAACAUCCAGGCGGGAAGAAGAUUCUCCAACGAGUCGCUGGAAAGGAUGCUUCAAAGCAGUUCUGGAAGUAUCACAAUGAGGGAGUCUUGAAGAAGCACAAGGGUCAGCUACAAAUUGGUUCAUUGGACACCAAGAAGGCCACACCGGCGCCCGCGCCAGCUGCUGACCCAGCUCCCGCCCCCAAAGCUGAGCCAACGCCUGAGCUUGCCCCGGGCAGCUACAAGCCUAAGGCUACUGCUGAACCACAGGAGCCUUUUGGUGAUCUGGUUCCAUUCGCCGACCCUGCUUGGUACCAGGGUUACUCCUCCCCAUACUUUAACGAGACUCAUGCCGCUCUCCGCCAGGAGGUUCGCGAAUGGGUUGAAAGCGAGAUCGAGCCCUACGUCCAUGAGUGGGAUGAGGGCAAGGAAGUCCCCAGCCAUAUUUACAAACAGAUGGGUGAGCGCGGUUACUUGGCGGGUCUGUUGGGUGAAAAUUACCCCAAGGAGUACUGCCAAUACCGUGUUAAGUCCGUACCGGCAGAGCGCUGGGAUCAGUUCCACGAGAUGCUGUUGACCGACGAGCUCUCCCGCGCUGGUAGCGGUGGGCUCGUGUGGAACCUGGUUGGUGGUUUCGGUAUUGGUUGCCCACCCCUGGUGAAGCACGGCAAGAAGGAGCUGCUACAGCGUAUCCUGCCUGGCAUCUUGGCCGGUGACAAGCGUAUUUGCUUGGCUAUCACUGAGCCAGAUGCUGGUAGUGACGUUGCGAACCUUGGCUGUGAGGCCAAGCUUAGCGAGGAUGGCAAGCACUACAUUGUUAAUGGUGAGAAGAAGUGGAUCACAAACGGUAUUUGGGCCGACUAUUUCACCACUGCUGUGCGCACGGGCAAGCCCGGUAUGAACGGUCUCAGCGUUCUGCUUAUUGAGCGUGAGGCCGGUGGUGUCAGCACUCGUCGCAUGGACUGCCAGGGUGUGCUGAGCAGUGGUACUACCUAUGUCACCUUCGAGGACGUCAAGGUCCCCGUUGAGAACAUCAUUGGAAAGGAGAACCAGGGUUUCAAGGUCAUCAUGACCAACUUCAACCACGAGCGUAUUGGUAUUGUCAUCCAGUGUGUUCGCUUCUCCCGAGUCUGCUACGAGGAGGCUAUGAAGUAUGCCCACAAGCGAAAGACUUUUGGAAAGCCCUUGAUUGAACACCCGGUCAUCCGUAUGAAGCUUGCGCACAUGGCCCGCCAAAUCGAGGCCACCUACAACUGGAUGGAGAACAUUAUCUUCCAGGCUCAGUGCAUGGAGGAAACCGAAGCUAUGCUCAAGCUGGGUGGUGCCAUUGCUGGUCUGAAGGCCCAGUCCACACAAACCUUUGAGUUCUGUGCUCGUGAAGCUAGUCAGAUCUUCGGUGGUCUCAGCUACAGCCGUGGUGGACAAGGCGGCAAGGUCGAGAGACUGUACCGUGAUGUUCGUGCAUAUGCUAUCCCCGGUGGAAGCGAGGAGAUCAUGUUGGACCUGAGCAUGCGCCAGAGUCUAAAAGUUUACGAGAUGUUUGGCAUGAAACUUUAA